AACACGUCGUACGCGAUACAAGUGCAGAGCCAAUGAAGCUGUCGUUGCCGCUUCUCUAGCAGAUAACAAAUGAUUUCUCGAUGAAUCUUUAAUUGGUGACGGUGGAUUUUCAAAGGUUUACCUGGGAGUGCUCCCAAGUGGGUUACGUAUUGCUGUCAAGAGGUUUAACAAUAAUCAUACGGAUGAAAGGAAUUUUCAAAAUGAAGUUUCUAUCACAAUGAUGGCCGUUCACAAGAACAUAGUGCGGCCCAUAGGCUAUUGUGCUGACACGCAAUGUCAAGCCAUGAAAUACAACGGAAAACUUGUUUUGGGAGAGGUCCGCGAAAGGUUGAUCUGUCUGGAGUAUGUGUCCAAUGGAACCCUUGAAGGACAUAUCGGUAAGUAUGGUGAAGUUGACUGGAACCAGCGUUAUCAAAUUCUAAAAGGAAUUUGUCAGGGUUUGCGUUAUCUUCAUGACGAAGUGCACGUUUUUCAUGGAGAUAUCAAACCAAGCAAUAUAUUAAUAGGGGAUAAUCUUGUGCCAAAAAUUUAUGACUUCGGUUUGUCCCGGUCCUUUGAAGGACAAACUUCAUGCAUUGCCGAAAACAUUCGCGGAACUCUAGGAUAUAUUGCACCCGAGACAUUUGAUGGUAUAUUGUCAUUUAAGGCUGACAUAUACAGUUUGGGAGUUGUGGUCACGGAGUUAUUGACCGGGAGCAGAGGGUACGCGGACAUUGAUGAUGUGAGAAAACUUUUCAAUCCACAUUUGGAUCAAAGUGUUGCCAUCGAUUUAUUUUGAUUGAACUGGUGCGUACAAAUUAUCUGGGCUGAUCACAACCCGGUGCAGAGAAUUGCAAGAGGCAAAGGAUGUGUGUCUGCUCUGCUUUUUGCCGGUUAAGUAAGGACACCUGAUGUUCUCAAGUCACAUCCAAGUAUCAAUUUUUUUACGGGAUCAAGUAUCGGAAUUUCGUUGUACAUAAUGCAGCAAUAGUAGUUUGUGGGUUUUAUCCCAUCCACCUCACCCUUGGGUGUAGAAGAAUGGAGCAAACAUCUGGAAGUUAAAAAAAAGGAGCAACCAACUGCAGAUUACAGUGAAUCUGCCCAUUUGCACCUGAAACAAAAUGCCAUCAGAGAGCAUGACAUCAGCAUGGCAAUUCCAGACUUGUUCCCAGAAAGAAUAUCAGAAAGAAGCUCGUUGGCCAUCAACACUCGGCAGGCAAUAAUGCAUCAGAACAGUACGGUCGAUGUGAUUGAUGGGUAUGGACAAGUUGCAGCUAGCUACUCUUGAUCUUAUCUGCGACAAGUUGCAGGUCUCCCUUUCGAUUCACACGCAAUCAUGUGUUUUUUCUAAUCACCUGUCGUGGUCGUUAUACAUUAUUGUUGGCCAAUCACCGGUAUUAACAUAAAAAUAUGGCGCACGCAAAACCCCGCGGUUUCACAUGCCAACUGCCCUGAUCGAGGAUGGCAUCUAGGAGUAGCAGAGAGAGAUAUUUGCAAACUUGCAAUUUUACAGUUGGACCCUUCAAACUACAACCUGUACAAACAUACGGGAUUCAGAAACUUCCACGUGAAGCAAAAAAGCUCAAGUUGCAUAUAUAAACAAAAACCCGUGGCGUCUUUCAAAAUGCAGUCUGUCUCCGUCACGCAGCCGGCCGGCUAUUUCUUAACUAGGCCAAUGGCGACUGGGACUUGGCACCAGCUAGCACGCAUCUGCUCAGUCAGUCCAGAUCUGAAUCUACUUAUUUCCCUUUGGUCAAUGCUUUUGCUUUCUGAUCUAGAAGGCGAGAGGCAACCCCUGUUUUGCAGAGACUCCGUUCCCCCUUCGCCUCCUUCGGUCUCCAGCAACGCAGGAAGGAAAAGCUAGCAACCAUAUUCAUACUCUCAUAGUCAUAUAUCUAUUAAUCUAUAUGCGGGCUAGCGCUUGCUAGAAAGCUUCUUGCUCGUGUACUCGGAGAUGGGCGGAUACGAAUUCCGAAGGGAGGAGCUAGAUGCACUGGAAUGCUUCUUACGGGAUGGAUUAAGUUGGGGGCCAAUGAGUCUGUCGUUGCAGCUUCUCAGGCACAUAACAAAUGAUUUCUCCCCUGAAUACGAAAUUGACACAGAUGAAUUUGCAGUGGUUUACCUGGGGGUGCUUCCAAGUGGGUUCCGUAUGGCUGUCAAAAAAUUCCACCUGCGUGGUUGCUUGGAUGACGAAAGUGCAUUCAACAAUGACUUUUCUAUUGCAAUGAAGGCUGCUCACAAGGACGAAGUACGACUCAUAGGCUACUGUCAUCACACGCAAGAGCAAAUUUUCGAAUACGAAGGAAAACAAGUUUUCGCGCAGGUGGGCAGAGAAAGGUUGAUCUGUACAGAGUAUGUGCCUCACGGGACCGUUUGCGGGCAUAUCGAAGGUAGGAUCUAUAUAGAAAUGGAUGGAUACGAGUACAGGGCGGAGCUAGAUGCAUUGGAACGCGUCCUGCGCGAUGAAAGUGUGGAGCCAAUGAGUCUGACGUUGCCGCUUCUCAGGCACAUAACAAACAAUUUCUCCGAUGAAUCUGUAAUUGGUUCAGGUGGAUUUUCGACAGUUUACCUGGGGGUGCUUCCAAGUGGGUUACAUAUUGCUGUAAAGAAGAUUGCCAAUAAGCAUACUAUUGAUGAAAGUGCAUUUCAAAAUGAAGUGUUUAUCACAAUGAAGGUUGCCCACAAGAACACAUUGCGAUUCAUAGGCUACUGUAGUCACACGGAAGCUAAACACUUCGAAGUCAACGGACAACAUGUUUUUGCAGAGGACAGGGAAAGGUUGAUCUGUGUGGAGUAUGUGCCUAAUGGAACCCUUGAUACACGUGUCGGUGAGUAUGGUGAACUUGACUGGAACCAGCGUUAUCAAAUUCUAAAAGGAAUUUGUCAGGGUCUAUGUCAUCUCCAUGAGACAUUGCAUGUUGUUCACGGAGAUAUCAAACCAAGCAAUAUAUUAAUAGGGGAUAACCACGUGCCAAAAUUUUUUGACUUCGGUAUGUCCCGGUCCUUUGAUGAUGGAGAAACUUCAGGUUACACCAAAGACGUCAAGGGAACUAUAGGAUAUAUGGCUCCAGAGAUGAUUGAAGGUCAUUGGUCAACUAAGUCUGACAUAUACAGCUUGGGCAUUAUGAUCACAGAGUUAUUGACUGGGAAGAAAGGGUGCGGGCCAAGUGUUGAGCAAGUACUUAAACAGUUGAGGAAACGGUUGGUAAAAGAAGGAGCGUUUUCAUCAUGGGAAAACAAAUACCAUCAAGUUAGAACAUGUCUAGAGAUUGGGUAUACCUGCAUGGAAGACGACCCAGAUAAAAGGCCUUCUGCUUUGGAAAUUAUCCAACGGCUUUAUGAAAACGAAAGUGCUAACUAUUCUGCACCACCACUUUGGCAGUCAGGAGAUGAGGAAUCCGAUUUAUCGGAUACAGAAGCUUCGAAGACAGAGACAACAGCCGAGUUUCUUCUAAGUGACGAAGAACCCGCCUCAGCAGACACGACUGGAGAAACGAGCACACAGGAACCUGAUAAACCUGACCUGGUAAUUGAGUUGCCGGCGUCGGUGGACCUGUCUGACCUAAAAGUUCUGGAGAAAAUCACAGAUGAUUUUUCACACGAAAGAAUAGUUGGGAAGGAUGGCACGUUCAGAGGUUCUCAUAAGGCAUUUGUUUAUAAGGGCGACGUUCCACGGCGAGAAAUGGUAGCUGUGAAGAGGUUAAUUGGAGUAGCAAUUCCAGUUGAAAAGUUUAAGAGGGAGGCAGAGCAGUUCAUGAGUUUGGAUCACAAAAAUAUAGUAAAGGUGGCCGGCUACUGCCACGACCAAUCUAGAGGACAUAAGCUGGUACGGUUCAGAGGAGAUGCACCACCACAAGCCAUUAAAGGUCCUGAACAAUUACUCUCCUAUGAAUAUAUGCACAACGGAAGUCUUCGCAACUAUCUUAUUGGUCAAGGAUCUCGUGAAAUUGAUUGGCAAAAGCGCUAUAAAUUGAUCAAAGGGAUUUGCGCAGGCUUACAUUACCUCCACAAGGGUCGUGCAAAUUGUCCAAUUGUUCAUUUGAAUUUAAGCCCGUCAAAUGUAUUGUUGGACGAGAACUACAUACCACGCAUCACAGGGUUCGAUUUUUCCAAGCUCAUUGGUGAAAAGAACACCAAAUCCGUGGUACUUAAGCUGAAUGGACCCAUAGCUUACCUGCCACCGGAUUUCCUGCACUCCAAGGGUCCUGACCUCAAAUAUCUAGCUACGGUAGACAUAUACAGCUUGGGUCUUAUCAUUCUAGAGAUCGUAACGCAGCAAGAGAUCAAAGGCAACCAUGGAGUGCUUAUUAAGAGCAUAGAGGAAAACUGGAGGGAAGAGUCACAAAUAACACGGUUGUAUACCUCACUAGAAGCUGACGAACUGCAGCAAGUAAAAAUGUGCAUUGAUAUUGGCCUAUACUGCGUCCAGUCAAAGCCUGAAAAGAGACCUACGGCUGAGGACAUCAUGCUCUGGCUUGAUAAAGGGAUCAAACCAGUCCCAACCCCAAGAGCAGGUGGAGGAGUGUCAAGACCUACAGUCUCAGUUCCAAGGGCAGGUCCAGGAGUGCCAAGACCUCCUGCCCCCACUAAUAUCACCCAUGCAGAUGACCGCAUCCAAGGAAACGAGAAGCCGGAGGGAUUCAUAAAACGAAUCUUCAGAAGAAAGUAGCCACCUGAGGGAGGAGGAGAAUUCUUUGAAGCGGGCGGGAUUCAUGAAGCAAUUCAUUCCUGGUGAAAAUUAUACUAGAUGGUUCAGCAAAGCUCGUGGUGAAAAUUAUAUGAUGGUUCAACAAAGCUCGUGGUUGUUACUGUUGGAUAAGCAACGCUGGCUUGGGACAUCACAUUGCGUGGUUUUUUGUAGACCGAGCUACGUGGUACCUCCUAUCUAUACCAUUCAAUGAGCUGUCCUGUUUUCUAGAGAUUUGUGCAAAAGCUGACUAGUUUUACAGGGUUGAGUAAUUUGUUACGCAAAUCUAAAGCUGACCAAUUUUGUUGGCAUCUGACUUCUGACCGCGUGCAGCCCUGUGACAACGCCCACCUCUGCUUAUUAGAAGUAUAAUUAUGUUUAAAUUAGAGAUUAGGAGUUAGAGAUAGGAUUGAUUUAAAUCAUGUACGACUUGUCCCCUACUCCAAGUCUCUCUCACAUAUUGUACUCUAUAUAUACCUCCACGAGGGUCAGGUCAAUACAACACAAUAUUCAUCCA